CCCCAUCUGAGUGACGUAACCGCUAGCGCCACAACAAGCUGGAAAACAAGGAAGUGUGGUGUAACCUGUCACAAGGCCCCGUUAAGACACCUGAAUCUGCGUUUAUCCUUUCAAGCUAUCUUAUUCUACAAAAUACAGAACCAUGAAUAACAAAGGUUCAUAUCCCCAGCAAGGGUUGUACCCUCAACAGAACAGCGCACCUAUCUACCCUCCUGCUAUGCAAGUAUCCCCUCAGGCGCCUCCAUACACAGAUGCACCUCCUGCAUACUCUGAGAUAUACCAGCCCAGAUUUGUGCUUCCACCCCAGGUGCCUGGCCAGGUACCUCAGAUGUCCUCUCCAUACCCCGGGGCACAGAUGUUCAUGCCCAUGCAGCAGCACAUUCCAGUGGGGGCAGUCGGCCAGAAUGUCCCAAUGGCUUACUAUCAGAUGGGAGCCAUGUACCCCCCUGGCUCAACAGUGAUGGUAGAUGGAGGCUAUGAUGCCGGAGCACGCUUCGGGGCCACCAGCAGUGUUUCCAUUCCGCCCCCACCCCCUGGACACCCCCCAAAUGCCGCUCAGCUGGCGGCCAUGCAGGGUGCUAAUGUUGUGAUGGCACAGCGCAAGAAUAAUUUCUUCCUGGGAAGCUCCGGUGGAGGUUAUACCAUCUGGUAACGGCAGCCAUUCUCGACGAAUCCCCCUCCCCUUUUCCUUCCUCCCUGUAUUCCCAACCUCAUUCCCUUCUUCCAACGCGACUAUGCCCUUACACCCCAUCCCAUAUGCCUCCCUUUUAAGGCUGCUCAGUCACGCCAUGAUACUGAUAUCACCUAACAGAAUGUAAUAACUUAGAGCCCUAUUAAUAGGUACAGUAUUCCACUUGCUAGGGCAUUUUUACAAUUGAUUGAGACCACUGCCCAGAGUGGCUGUCGAAAAAAAAAAAAAGUCUUUCAGAAAUUAAUUCCAAGAAUCCUUUAUCAGAUUCGGUCAAUCCAAAAUUCCCGGCCCAAACUGUUUCUUUUGAAAUUCUUUGUGGAUUAAAUCCGAAAAAUCUUGUGUUUUAGAUGUUCCUUUGUAUUGAGUGAAGCUCAUGUUUGAAAUGUUUUGCAUUCUACUUCACAUUCAUAUUCUGUCUUAAAUUCUGGACAUACUAAAAGCCUUGAAGCCUAAAUGCUAUAAGCAAAAUGUCCAUGUCACACUUCUACAGGCUCCAUGUUACCUGAUCAAUUUGAGGAACAUAUAACAAAAAAUAGCUUACGGCAUUAGUCAAGCACUAGAUAAGUGGUUUACUGUACCUUAUUGGGCAACUGGUAGAUAAAAUGAACAAGUGCCAAAGAGCACUCGAGAUAUCCGCAUAUUAAAGCAAAGUAACUUAAGUAAACCUAAAAGAAGGAAUUUUAAAUCAAGUCCUAAUAGUGAGCUGAGUAAAAUGGAGUGGUUGGUGUCAACAUUUUAGUUGUUUGGUUUUCUACCAUUGUUGAUUUAGAGUCGGAUACCCAGCGUUUUACACUUAGUUGAUUAUUGUAUGGACUGCAACAACUAUUACUUGCUGUUUCUUCUUGUGUUUUAUGUAUGUACUCUGGCAUGAUCUGUUUAAAAUACUUUAUUACAUUUAGGAAAUAAUACAACCUUUUUAAUAUCCAUGUGUAACCAAUCACGAUGUCAAGUGACUCCUUAAUUUCUGCUUUCCUUUUUUUAUUUAUAUGCAGAUUUUUUAAUUAUAUUAUUUGUUAGCCUAAAACAUUUGUUUCGUAUAACCAAGAAGCUGGUUGUACCAAAGACCUGUUCUAUAGUGCUACCAUGUGUGAAUGUGUUGUGAAUGUUUUUAUGUCACGAUUUUGAAGCCAACAUAUCAUUGCAAAAGCCUUUGUAUUUGAUAGCCAGAGUGAUAUGAACCCUUGAGUUAAUUCAUCUAAAAAUGCACUGCUUUGAAAAUCUGCGAAGACCCACGCAUAGCAGCUGCUUUUUUAUGUUCUUUUCUUUGUUAACAAACGUAUGACGACUCUGCAUUGUAGUAUUUUAGUAUUUUAGAAUACUUCUUUAACAUUAAACAUGGUCUGUUCAUAAAAUAUGCCCAACUGCAGUUUUACCUUUUACUAGCAUCACUGCCUGCACACCUACUUAACCAGGACACUUAUGCUUAUUAAUUAACCUAAAGAAGAUGUACUUAUGAAUACGAUAUUAAGGUUAGGAUUUCCUGCCGGUAUGCAUACAAUCAGCUGAUUGAGUGGAUUUUUAGUGUUUAGUAACAUGUGUCACUGGGUAUCCGACAUAGCAAUUGGUCUUAAUAGCUGUGGCCAGCACAACGAAUUCCAUAGUUGUCAAAUGGAGCUUCUCGUUUGUUUUUCCUCAAUGUCAGCCUGACGAGGUCACCGAGAGCUGACAAGAAACAACUGCAUUAACUGCAAAAAUAUCAGAUAAAAGCGAUGCAUGGCUGCAGAAUGUGCUGUUGUAUUCCUCAGCUUGGAACAAUUUGGUUCUUUUUGGCCACAGCCUUUAAACCUUUUUUUGUCAUUACAUGAUAUUUUUGUCCUACUUAAGAUUUAAUUGUGUUUGUAAUGCAACAUAAUGGUGGCCUAGUCCCAGCAAUAUGAAGAACUGUAAUCUACAGGUUAACCAGUAGUCGCCAUGCCAACCACAGCUAGCAUGGAAUGGAAUUGUCUUUGGAUUAUGGACAUUUAGUCAGGGAUCUCUAAACUAUUUUGUAAUGUGUACUGAGGUGAUUUGAUGAGCUUUGGUAUGGCUUCUAUCUUUUAAGAUUACUAAAAGGAGAUGAGUGUCACUUCAAUUUGCUGAGACAUGUCAAGGGGAACUCUUUGCAAGAACUUGGGUGCACUUAACUUUUUAUAUUAAACUUAAAAUUUAAAAUGACAAAUUAGAAUAAAUGUUAUUUUGGAAAUUUGAAAUGACCGUUUAUCUUGAUUUUAUCUAGAAAACGGAUAUGUAUACUAUGACAAAAUGUUAGUUUUUAUGACCAGUAGUUAGUUUUCCUAUUCAUUGUUCAUUAAUUAUUCCAUUAUGGUAAUUUAGUUUAUAUUAUGGUAACUGCAAAUCCAAAAUUGCUGUAAAUUUGCAGCUAGUUGACAAAAGACAUAGUAUUGGCACAUUUGAUGACAAAUAUACUGUAUUAGUGUAGACAUGGCGUUUCAUGGAAUAAAGUUGAAAUAUUGUGGGUAUCGUACAUAAUUGUUUAAAUUCUCGGAUCAAAUAAUUACUGAUUCAAAAAAAUAAAUCAGUGUCCUCUA